AACUCAUAGAUUCUAGCUUAUCAAUUAACGUAAGAUAAGAUAAGAAGCUUACUGAUAAGUUUUAAAAAAAAAGUUCUAUCGAACGAGUUAGUUUACUUUUGAAACAUUUGAAAGAAGGUCUCAUGGAGAUGAUUCGAAAAGAGAGCCAUAAUUUAGUAUUUUAGAAUUCCAUAAAAUAAAUAUGGCAAUUAAAUUAAAAGUUUUAAUAACUUUCACGGUUUUAUUGGUUUUAAGUGAAGAAUUAAACGCAACAACAGAAACAGAACAUUGUCCAUCGUAUUGUACGUGUGAUUUAUUUGAAAAUUUAAAUCGAGCCGAUUGCAGUGGACAACAAUUAAUAACUCCAAAUGUUGAAGUUCCAAGUGCAGUGGAGUUACUUGAUUUGUCAUACAAUGACAUCACUACUUUGGAUAAUGUGUGUUUUGAGGGCCUCAUCUACGUUAUUAACCUGACCAUCGAUCACAAUGCCCUGCACACAAUCUACUUGGAUGCAUUUAGUUCCUUGAGAGAUGUUAAAUUUAUCGAUUUAUCAUACAAUCGUCUGGAAUAUUUCGAUGAACGAAUAUUCGAAGCAAAUACCAAGCUAACAAAACUCAAUCUUUCAGGCAACAAAUUCAUGUCACUUCAAAAUAAACCACUUCUUAGAAGUUCAUCAUUGCAAUAUCUCGCAUUAAAUAAUGCUCAAGUUACUUACAUAUACCCACAGAUGUUUAAGGAAGUUCCCAGUUUACGAGAAGUUGAUAUCUCGAACAAUCUUAUGAUAACUUUAAGUGCAACUGCCUUCAAUCCACUGCAACAAUUGCAAUUGGUUAAUUUGGAAGAAAAUCGUUGGAUCUGUGAUAAUGGUUUCGAUGCAACCUUGAAGGCAUUGAAACGACGUGGGAUCGAAACAAGACUGAAUGCAUGUGAAGUGUUUGAUAUGAAAAUUGGUGGAAGAGGUAGAAGUAAACCAAAUGAACCUCAUAUGUUCGAGAGGAUGAUGGAAGAGCCGGGACGUGCGACAAUUAAGGCAAGUGAACCAAAGGAGUUUAUUCCAAUCGAAAAUGUUUGGAAGGCCAAAAACCCAAUAGAUCCAGAGGCUGAAGAAGCAAAAGCUUGUGAAGAACAAAGUCCAAACAAAAUUUGUCAUCUUCAUCGCAGUUGCAUGGCAAAUUUGAAAAUGUUGAUAAAAGAUAAAACAACCGGCGAGGUCAUAAGUCGAGGAAAAUUCACAGAAGAUGAUUUGACAUUUGUGUUCUUCACUGGAAUCGCUCUGGGAAUAGCCACAGUCAUUUGUCUUCUAACCUGUGCACUUUGUAUUAAGCGAUGUUUUGUUGUUCAAAAGAAACUUGCACAGAGGCCAAGUGAUGUUGUGAGCACAAUACCACUUCGUCGGCCAAUACCACCACCAGUUCAACCUAGACAGCGACGGUCUAAUCGACGAUCUCGAAAUCCACCUGUCCCACCUCUUAAUCGAUCAUUCUCAAGUCCUGUUCGAAGAGGACCUCAUGCUAAUGGCAAUCAAAGUGACUUUGCUACAUUCAUAACUCGAUUUUUUGAAAGACCCACAAGACAUCAAUACUAUCGGACAAUAAAUGAAAAUACAGCCCAUAUGAUUCGACGGCUGAGUCAAAGUAACUUGUUUAACAAUCGUCGAAGUAGACAAUUUACAGAUACUCCAACUCCAACCACCGAUGGAGAUAAUUUGGAACAAUUAGAGCCAUUUGUUUAUCCUCUGGCAAUUGAGAGCGUAGCUUCUCUAAGUCAAUCUGAAGAACAUCAACUUGCGGCAGCAGAGAGAUGGGAAGAACCACCAAGGCGCCCUGAAACACCACCGCCAGCUUAUGGAGAUAUCAUAAGAUCAAGGGAAGAAACUUGAAAGUUGUAUACAAUAAGUGUUAGAUUUAGAAUUGUAUUAUAGUUCAUUAGUCAAAGUUUACUUAGUGUAUUUUAAGUGAAUAAACCACACAUGAUCGAAAUAAGGAAUUCAUUUGUAUCGUUAGAAGAAGACAAAACCGUCUUAUAAAUUUUUAAACUGGCUUAGAAAAUUCGUCCUUUCCAAAACUACUGAAAUCUUAGUUUAAAAGUAAAUACUAAAUUGUUUUAUGUACAAAAAAGUGUAUGAAAUAUGAGUACAGAAUUUGUUAAGCUUUAAAGUAUUUUAAUUCUUUUUCACAAAAAGCUUACCUUCUAGCUCGCUAUGUCCCAUAGCUAUAGCAUAGUUUUCAAGCAAUACAAAGAAUAUACAAAAGCAUUGUUAUUUUUUUACUGGAUGUGAUUAAUAAUAAAAUAGAUUUGAAAUUA